AUGACCCCUGCCGCUCGGCACUCCCGGCGCCCGCUUACCUUCACCCCUCUUGGCGGCGGGCGGAGGCCAGGGUGGCGCCGCGCCAAUCCGAUGGGGUACGAAGAGAGCAAAAAUCAUCUCCUCAGUCUCAGUUACCCUGAGCUGCAAUGUCUGUGCAAAAGGUAUAACCUUCCUGCUAAGAAGACCCACUCUCAGUUAGCAAGUUCGAUCGCCUCGCUGCUUGAGGCAUCUCCAUCUCCUGCUGCCCCUCCUGUCCAAUUAGCAAAUAUGGAAGAAGCAUCCGCAUGCAACCUUGUUAACAAGAAAAGGGGCCCAUACAGUGGCAGGGAUGAUGGUAUACCACCUGUGCACGCAAAGCAUAAAAAAGGAAAUCAAACACCUGUUGAUGAAACAUCUAAAAAGAAGGGGAUUGGCACUGGUACGAGUGUAACUCCAGUUUCUAUGAACCAUGGAAGACCGGACUGUCAUGGCCAUCCAUCUUCUGACCUGGGGACUGCUGAUAAUUUGCAGUCCCGAAGUGAUGUGGGUGUUGCAACUAAGACAACAAAUCUAGUAUUUGUUAGCAAACAUCAUUGUUCACCUGCUAACAUAAUUGAUCAAAUCUGUCCCCCUAUUAUUCAAAAAUAUCCUUCUAAUGGUAAUGGUCAGGCUUCCACUCCGUUCGCCCAUGUGAAUGAUAACACAGAUAAGGGUUGUCGGUUGUCUGAUAAGAUAUCAGCAAAUACUACUCCUGUUCAAUUUUCUGUAAUGUCAGAUGAGGGCAUUGAUCUUGUUGUUGAUCUGAACUCCAGUCCAGCAACAUGGGCGAAGAACUUCAUGGCAGAAAUGCGCAUUACCCCUCCGUCUGAACAUGGGAAUUUCUCUAGCUUCAUUAGCAGUUUGGCAACUAAGGAUGAUCAUAGCACUGCCGCACCAUCUGGAAAUAUCAUUGUUGACAUUCAUAACAAGGGGCCUGAGAACAUCGUUCCUUCCACUGAUUCAUCACUUGCUUCAGAUGUUGGUGAAAACUCCCGUUCAGUGCUCUAUCCAGUUGAUACAACUACUGUGAACUCAGUGUCAUCCACGUCUACAGUGGCUGGUACCCCAGUUGAACUUUCUGGGUAUCAGGAGGGUGCUCCAGUGGUAUGUUCUUCAUGUUUAACAGAUGAUGUUCAGAACAAUGUGACAUCUGAUAUGCCAGGUGCUUUGGAUAACGAGGUGCUUCCUCCAGAACCUGCUGAUGUCUUUAUGCAGUCUGAAAGAAUCACUGCACCGGCAGUUUGUGCUUCAGUGCAACCAAUUGGCAAUAAAUGCACAAUGAGUCCCGGGGAUGGGGUUAGAAGUGACUCCAAUGAAGACUCCUAUCCAAAAUCUUCAGGAAAACAAACUGGAGAUGUUCCCGCAAGAGAUCAGCCUGCUCAUAAUGGUGGCACUCAUGAAACCCUAAUGGAAAAUGAACCUGUGAAGGCAGUGGUAGUGGAAGAAAAUAUAGGUCGUGAUGACAGUUUGUCCAUUUCUUGUCAACUAGCCAGUAAGACAGUAGCAAAACUCCCAGUUACAGAUGCCCAGUCGCCUGCUAGUUUUGCUGGUCAUUUUAUUGCUGGCAAUUUUGACCACACACAUCCAACAUCUUCUGCUGCUUCGGAGAAUGCUAUUAAUUCCCUGACUUCAAAGUUCGGUGCAGAGUCAGCACAAAGUCAUGAUUCUACAGACAAAAAGGGACAGAAUGAUGCUGAGGAGCUUGAGGAGUUGGAGAGUAUGACACCGCCAGCCUAUAGUGAACCUCCCAGAAAUAUACAACUUAGCUUACGAAGUGCUUCCGCUAAGGUCAAGCCUUCUACACUACCAAGACGAUCAGCAAGGCUUCUUCCUAAGUGCAAUAUAACUAUUGGUGCAGGAGCAACGAUAUUUUGA